GAAGGUCUCGACGUAGAUCCGCCAUAGAAGGAAAAAACAACCGUCUUCUUCGUCGCCGUAGCGAGCUGUCGGGGAUGAGAGGGACGUUUGCACGAGCGUUCUGAAGACUUUGGAUUUUCCCCUAUCCGAUAUGGCGAUGCUCGGGAGGACGUUUCCGUGUUUAUUUUACGUGGAGACGAGAAAAACGGUAGGAGGGUGACGGAAGGCAGGCGAGCGUCACAUGAUUGGCGGAAAGGCGAGCUGCCCGUUUCCAAUAUGGUGGUCGGCUCGGUGGAUGUACGCUGCUUGCUGAUGAUAUCGCUGCUGUGCGGCUUCGGGCUAGGCGGGUACGGCCAGCGGCUUGUUGGCCUGCGGCUGGAAAUGGACAAGGAGACCGGCAAGGACGUGUACGUGCGCGGGCGCGUGCUCGUCGCUUCGCGAGGGUCCACCUUCAAGCUCAGGCUGUUCGGCACCGACCUGCUCAGUAAUGCGACUUGGCCGGUGGUCGCGUUCGCGGGAGCAGUGGACGAGGAGGCUGCAGAUGCUGGGCCCGCGAAGGACCCCUGCGGGAAGGAGAGCUUGAGGAAUUCCUCUGCUUUCCGAGUGCAGAAGGGGUUCAGCGCGGAUGAUAACAACAGCGGUGUGAUCGAAGUCAGCGUCGUUAAGGGAAGCCCGAGCGAGGAAGAAAACGAAGCGAGUGUGGUCCUGUUCCGCUUGUGCGUGCUAAACGGGGAGACGUGGGAGUCUGUGGGACCGGACAGAUUGCGACUGAAGGAGCCGGAGUUGCCUGCCGAGUGGAUUCCCACAUGGGCCCUGGCCAUAAUCAUCAUCGCUCUGGUGCUUAUAUGUGCUUUGAUAAGGUGCCUGAGUCUCAGUCUGCUCUGGCCCGACCCCCUGGAGCUCUACGUGCUGCACAGCUGCGGCUCUGAGGACGAGAGGCGCGCGGCGAAGCGCCUCGAGCCGAUCCGCAGGAGGGGCAACUUUCUAGUCUGCUCGCUUCUCUUUCUUUGCGCUUUGGGUCACUCCGCGCUUGGCGUGCUUCUCUACCGCGCCUUUGGCUCCAUCCUUCCCGCCGUGUUCACAUGUGGCGUUCUCUUGUUUCUUCUUGCCGAGCUGUUGCCCCACAUCAUAAGCUCAGGCUACGGCUUCUAUAUCGCUCCCAGCUUAAUAUGGCUGGGCCAGGCGUGCUUGGUGAUCACUUGCCCGCUGUCCUGCCCGCUCGGACUUCUCCUGGACCUGGCCCUGCGACGCGACGUGAGCACGUGCGGCGUGCGCGAGAAGGUCAUGGAGAUGGUCCGCUCGAAUGUGAACGACCCUUACAGCGAGUUCGUGAAGGAGGAGUUCCGCAGGGGCACGCUGAGGAGCAAGACUGUGGAGGACAUCUUGACCCCCCUGAAGGACUGCUUCAUGCUGCCCUCCACGGCCGUGCUUGACUUCAGCACCAUGUCUGAGAUCAUGCAGAGCGGCUACACGCGCGUGCCCGUUUACGAGGAAGAGAGGUCCAACAUCGUGGAGAUCCUGUACGUGAAGGACUUGGCAUUGGUCGACCCCGAGGACUGCACGCCCAUGACCACCAUCACCAAGUUCUACAAUCACCCACUGCACUUCGUCUUCAACGACACCAAGCUGGAUGCUAUGCUCGAGGAGUUCAAGAAAGGCAACUCUCACCUGGCCAUAGUACAGAGAGUCAACAAUGAGGGAGAAGGAGACCCCUUCUAUGAGGUGCUGGGACUUGUUACAUUGGAGGAUGUUAUCGAGGAGAUAAUCAAGUCGGAGAUCCUGGACGAGUCUGAUGGUUAUAUGAACAUGAAAGUGAAGCGUCCUCUUCCCCCGCUGGAGAUUCCUCUGGAGCCGCGCACAGUGCCGGAGGAGUUCUCGCUCUUCAAGUUGCCCGAAGGCGAGCCGAAGAUCCGAACAUCUCCUCAGCUCCUGCUGGCCACUCACCGCUUCCUCUCCAGAGAGGUGGAGCAUUUCAAUCCACAGCGUGUGUCAGAAAAAGUCUUAUUUCAUCUCUUACGACACCCGAGUGUCAACCAAGAAGUGAAGUUUGACCCAAGCAACCGUCUGAGUCCUGAUCACUACCUCUACACACGCAACCACCCUGUGGAUUACUUCAUUCUGCUGCUACAGGGGCGUGUAGAGGUAGAGAUUGGAAAAGAGGGCUUAAAGUUUGAGAAUGGCGCCUUCACCUACUAUGGCGUGUCGGCGCUGACAGCACCUUCUUCUGUGCAUCAGUCCCCAGUCUCCACACAGCGUCACUCCCCUAGAGAUCCAUUUGAGCUGGGAGAUGCUACCAGCCCGUCCAGCUACUGUCCUGACUACACAGUCCGAGCCCUCACUGACCUGCAGCUCAUCAAGGUAACCCGCUUGCAGUACCUCAAUGCCUUAAUGGCUUCCCGGGUUGCACAGAGCCCUGAUCCACCUGAGAUUAAGAUCCUGCCCAAUAGCCAGACUAAACUCCUAAACGAGAAGAACACUACUCAAGAUUUUCCUCUUCACUUUUCGUUCUUUGAUGCAAUUGACAACUACUGUUAAUGUACUUUGCAUGAGGUGCAAGCAAGAUCCAGGAAUGCAGGACAGAAGAAGCAGCUCCAGGCCAGAGAGAAGCUUUCUGACUCUCCGUCUAACCUAUUUAACUUUGCAAGGAUUUUAUUUUAACAGCUAACUUGAUUUUUGCAGUUAAUUCCUCUUUUUAUAUCUGGAUGCUAGUGCUGAGAUUUUAUUCAGAAGAUUUUUUUUUAAAUGUACACCAUGCAGGACUUUUGGAGCCUGUCAAAUGGCACGUCCACUACUUUACUCAUUCUUAUCCUUAUCCGGUUCCUUCUCCUUUGAUGUUUUCGUCUUGGUGUCUUGUACCACCUUCUUUUUGCUGCGCGUGUCUGAUCAGUAUGGUCAUGCAUCAGAGCCUUUGUUGUCUUUCAGAGGCAGCAUGCCUCAAAGUGUUAAAGCCUGAACUUUCGCCAGGUCCGCUUAAUUUCAUGCUGUAUUGUGCCAAUAGACGUGUGAGUGCCAGCGAGGGCAGCAGGAACUGCUCUGUUUUUUUGGGCAUACAUGUAAGUCAGGAAUACACUACACAGUUUAAUCUUGCCUUUUCCCCCCACCUAUUUUUUGUUAUCAUAAUAAAAUCCUCCCUGUCGUACUUUGCCUACUCUAAAGGGGUAAUGUUACACUGAAAACUACAGGUGGUCUUUCACUGUUUUGCAUAGUUUGUGUGAUCUGAUGUUCAUGGCUCCAGUAUGUCUUCUUUAAUAUUUCUCUUAAGUCAUUGUUUGAUUGGAGUUUAGUACCUAUCUUUACAGCUGUCAGCUGACAUAACUAAGGCAAAGCAUGCUUAUCAAACUAGAAAACAAAUAGAACAGAAGUUUUGAGCAUCAUGGCUGUAUUUUUCAUACUAAAAGAAUAGUCUGUCAUUUUAAAAGCUAAUCUUUGUCUGCUGCAUGUGCUGCAUAUAGUCAGGUACCAUGGAUAGUGGUUUUGAUGCAUUUCCUUUUGCUUAUUAAAUGAUGAAUACCUGUUGACCUGAAACACCCUUAAAUAGAAGCCAAUGGGCAGAAGCCGAAGCAAUUGUAAAUGUGAUUUGAGGCAGCUGGUUUUCUUUUCUGUUAGUUUUGUUUUUUUCUUUCUUCCAUUAAUUAUUGUCUCUGGCAAUCGACUGUAUGAUAGAGAUGCAGCAGACAGAGAUUUGAUUGAAACGCUACAAAGUAUUCCUUUAAUUUGUAUGAACCCCAGUGAUCAUUUCUGUUACCUCCAUGGUCCAUCUAGUAGCAAAAAAGUAUCUCAUAAAUAUAUUUAAACAUGAACAGUGAGUUGCUCUCUGUGGAAAAGCAUCACCUGAAGCUUUGGAUUCUUGCUGUUAGCACAUAUGUUCCAAAUUCACACCUUGUGUUUUUGGCCUAUUUUUGUUUUAAAAUGAUCUCUAUCAAGUCAAGGCACCACAUCAUGUAACGCUUUCAAGGUCUUUUAGCAUUCAGAUAAUUCUUGAUGCUUAACCUCAACCCAUUUAUUAAGUGUAUUGUAGUAAGAACACUAGCCAGGUCUCUUUGGCCCUUGAAGUUCUAUUCAGUGCUAUGUAAAAUGCAUCAACUGAUCCCUUAUCAUUUUUAUUCAAAGAACUCCAAGAAUAUAUAAUUCUAAGAAUCUAUAUGGCCUGGAAUUACCACGUUUGUGGUAUUGGUCACAGUGUGUACACAAUAUAUCCGUCCAUGUGGGGGGGGGUGUACUGUACUGACUGAUUGACCUGCUCGAUAUGUCCACUGUUAUUUGUUUUUUUGGGACUAACAAAACGGUACGCCCAAAAUGACAGUGCUUUAUGAUCUCUCUCUCUGUUUGCCCCCCAAGUCUGAACUUCAGUAUCCUCCAGUAUUAAUAGGUGCCUAUAUACUGUGCAAGGCUGUUAAAGACAAUACAGGCCAUGCCACUUUUUUGGCUCAUCAAGCAGUGUUUAUAACACAUCAGCUUAUCAUAUCAAAGUAACAGAGGAAUUCCAUUGUUUUUACAACAUUAUUGCACAAUUACAUUGUUGAGAUUUAAGUAAUUCAGAGUGGUCUGAUGUGAAGUGAUGCAUUGUAGAAAAACUUGCAGACUCGCAGUAGUGGUCAUGGGAGCCAGGAGUCAUAAUGUCUAUAUUGCAAAUUAUAAUAAUUGUCUUAUUUCCAAAGUGACUGGUCAGCCAGUAUCCUGUCUUCCAAGUUUUAUAUCCAAUGCUGAUAAUGAUAAAACCAAAAUGCAAAAAAGUUUCAUUGGGUACUACUUGCUUUAAAAUGCUUUUCAUAAAGCAUUCCACUAUGAAAGGUGUUGAAAUAAUAGGUUUAGGCCCAAACUUUAUCUUUAUGCUAUGGUAAAACAGUGCAUCAGGCAUCAGCCACUGCAAUUGUAACCAUGUAAUUACUUUCUGUGAAGUUGUUCAUUGAGUAAUUUAACUCUUCACUGUGAACAAAUCUGACUCUUAAGUUUGUUUACAGUGGCACAUUUCACAUCGGUCCUCUCUGAAUGACUGAUUUAAAAAUAAAAUCUAUAGAAUUCCCUUUCAAAGACAUGGUCAACUUCACUGAUGGGGUCAACUUCAGCUCCAACUCUGAAAGUAUUUGUAUUAUGUGCCAUCAUACUGUGCCUGUGGUUUCUUUCCCCAUUUUCCGUCUCAGAAAAGAUGCCACGUUUUCUGUAAUCUUCUGGAUUUGCAUUUCUUUCUUUAAUAACAUUCCAGUUUAUGUUGGGAUAGGUGGCAUGUAUAUAUGUAUGGGCAUGUGUGAGUACAAAGAGAGUGAGAGACUACCUGGGGAAACCUUUUUACUGUUUUCCAUCAUUCAGCAGGACUGUAGUUAAUUGUUCUUCCUUUAAAUGCAUUUAAAACUGGCAUGUAAAGCAAGUUCCACAUUUGUAAGGUAAUUCUUGUAUUCUGAAUACUGAAACAUGCACUCUGCUGUGUCAUUUUAUUUUGAAUUCUAUUGUUCAGGAUCAUUUAAUAGUAAUGAACGUUUUACUCAGAGAAAUCUAAUCCCUAGUAAAUAUUUUUCAGCUGUUAAAAUACAUUGUGCCCUCUGUUCAAUGUUACUCAGUUUCUAUUAUCUCAAAAGAAUGAAUGUAAAUAGUUUAAACUUCUUUCUGGCUGUACUAUAUUUAUCAGGAGAAAUGCUGUUUUCCUUUUUGGUAGGAUAGAGAUUUCUGUAUAUUAAUAUACUUCUAAAUCAUAGAAUCUAUAACCAGAGAAUAAUUGCUGGCAGGUGAU